GCUGAAGAUAAGAAAACUGCUUAAGACUUCCCACCGACUUCGGCAAUCGACAAAUGACGAACUACUCAGUUACUGUUUGACAACGAAACGCAUCAGCAGAUACUGUGACUUUGUGGAAAUGUGGCUCAUCGAAGUGUGUUUUAUCGCAUUUGCAAUCGCAACGAUAUCCACUCAACCCUUCAACGGAACGGUGUCCCAAAAUGGAACCAUAACGAAUGUAACUCACGCAAUCGAUGUGCACCAUGUCCAUCACCACAAUAAAACUAAUCUGACGGUCCCAAUGCCCUUCGAUUCCGCCAAUAGCCUCCCACCGCUUGCGACUGUACCCACACAGCUGCCGGCUGUAACACUGCCGGUGCCUUACAAUCCAAGAAAUGGCACCAACUCGACUACACCACCCAUGUCCGGAAUUCCUCUGUACAAACAUCCGCACUACGAUGCGGCAGGAAAGCCGGUAUGGUUUCCCCGAAUCAUCGGUGGAACUCCAGCGACGCUAGGCGAAUUCCCCUCCAAAGUUUCACUGCAAACAUCGCAAACCUCGGCCCACUUCUGCGGUGGAACUCUGCUCACCCUGCGACAUGUUUUGACGGCAGCCCAUUGCAUAACUGAUAUUCAAGGCGUUCCGAUGGUUGCCACUAAGAUUCAAGCAAUGGCCGAUGAUCUGAAUGUCAUACCCUCGAUGAACAGCGCAACACGCCAAGUCCGUCUCGCUAUGUCACUGAACAUCCACGAAAAGUACAACCCUUCGAGCUUGGCGAACGACAUUGCCAUCGUUAAGCUGGUCAACGAGUUUACGAAAACGAACACUCUCUACCCAUCGAAGCGCAUUUCCAGUGCACCUUCCGCUGGGCAACUUUGCUCCCUUGCCGGGUGGGGUGUGGUUGCGGAGAACUCCCAAAACAUCAGUCCGUCGCUGCAGCGCGUCAACCUGGAAGUGGUUUCCUUCGAGCAAUGCAACGCCGCUUUCCAGGGGGCUCUGGUCAGGGGAAUGAUGUGCGCCUCUGCUCCGGGCCGUGACGCGUGCCAGGGUGAUUCGGGUGGGGCUCUGAUUUGCCAGAACCGCGUCGCCGGGGUGGUAAGCUUCGGGUCUGGCUGUGCACAUCCGACCAUUCCGGGGGUCUAUAUGGAUGUCACACAUUUCGAGAAGUGGAUCGGAAAGGCCCUGAACGGAGCGCCGAGCUGGGCUCAAAGGGGAACAAUGCUUAGUUUGGUGGUGGCUUUGGUGGUCAUGGCGAAAGGUUUUCUUGUCUGAGACGACAAAAUCGGCGAAUAGCAGUGGCGACAUUUACUGGUCGGAAUUGUAGUCAGAACAAAAUGUUGAUCAAAAGUUUUCUGGAAUUUGAUUAUCGAAACCAAUUGAAGUAAUAGCCUUGAAGGAGUCUUGAUUUGCGUCAUUCUUCACUAGAUCCUUAGCUAAUGAUAUUCUACCACAAUCAUCUUGCUGAAAUAAGGCUAAUAUUUUAUAGGACUUACUCUUCAAGAGGUCUAAGGGAUUAUAACUAUAAAAAAUGAAAAAAAUCCAUACAACUCCCUAGAUUUAUUAAUAAAUGCUUUGGAAAAUAAAACAAUUCUAUUUAGUUAUA